CCGCCGCGCGGUUGCGGCUGAGCGGCGCUGACAUAUUCCUCCUCCCUCGGCUUCACCAUGGACAGCUUCGAUUUCGCGCUCCUGCAGGAAUGGGACCUGGAUUCCCUUUGUGUCUAUGACCUUGACAGAAAUAUGCUACGCAGAAAAGAAUGGGAAAGGAGAAAUCAGGAGACCCAGCAUGAAGACAGCAUAUUUAACACCAGUUACUCCCUCUUCAGUGAACCAUACAAGACAAAUAAGGGGGAUGAACUGUCUAGUCGUAUCCAGAAUACACUGGGUAACUAUGAUGAAAUGAAAGAAUUAUUGACUGAUCACUCAAAUCAAAGCCACCUUGUUGGUGUUCCAAAGCCCUGUAUGUCACAGGUGUCUUUGAACAAAACAGAGGAUCACUUUGCUGCUGAAACAAAGACCCAUACUCAGACUUCUAUUUGCAGUCCUCAGGCUUCUUUGCCGGUGAUGCUUUCUGGACAGCUGAGCAAGAAUAUAACAAUAGGUUGGCAGAAACCUGGGCAUUGCUUAGAGAGUCAGCAGAGGGGAGGCAAACAUAGGCAUGGAUUGCCAGAUUCACACAGUAAUGAUUUCAAAACAACUAACCAAAAGAGCAGCUUGGAAAAGAUUAUGCAUUACGUACACAGUCCUUCACCACCAUCUUCAUCCAGUGCUAUUCAAGGUCCUUUACCAUCCUCACUUGGAGAGAACAUUCAAACACAACAGCAGUCAAAGUUGAGCUGUGGCACAGAAACUGGAGUCCAGGCUCAAGAAAGACCAGCUAUGCAUAGCAAUGGACACUGUGUACAAAAUUUUCCUCCUGCACUUGCUUCAAAACCAAAUAUAGUUCAGCAGAAACCAACAGCUUAUGUAAGGCCAAUGGACGGUCAAGAUCAGGCUCCUGAUAAAUCUCCAAGACUAAAGGUGCCAGAUGAAACCAGCAUGCUCUGCACCUCAUAUAGAGAGAUGUCUUCUGCUAAAAAUGAAUCAGCUAGGACUAAGUCAAAAAUGACAAAGUGUGGCAUUUCCAAACAAGAAGAG